AUGGAAGGCAAAUCUACAAGAGAAGUAUCUAACGAAAGGGAAAUUACCUUGAACAAUGGAGAUGAGAUCUUUAUCAGAAGAGCUUCAAAUAAAGAUCAAUCAAGAAUUGCCACUGAAACAAAUUUGUUUUUCAAAAAUACCCACUUAUCGAAGCUUCACGCAUCAUUGAAAUUAUACGAUGAUUAUUUUUAUUUGAAAGAUUGCAACUCUACGUUUGGGACAGUAAUAAAUGAUGAAUAUAUUGCUUCUGAAUCUUGGUUCAGGUUGUCUGAUAAUGACACUAUUGGAUUUAUCAUCUCAAAGCCUUCAUCCGCUAUCGAGAAAAUCGUUAGUAAAUUCGACAAACAAAACACCAUUCCAUUGAAGGAGUUUUCUGAUGCCAGUAUUGCUCUUAGUUUCAAGAUUAACACAAAAGACAAUUGCAUUACUUUUCUUCCUCUUGACAAAGAUGCCAGCUGGGAAUCAGAACAAUGUUCCUCCGAUGAAACAAGGGGAUCUACUAAAGAUUAUAUCCCUUUAGCUGAGACGUUCGAUAGCGAAGGAAAUGAGUCUGAAUGCUCUCACUGUGCCGUGAAAUGUGAAAUGGACGACUCUCAACCAAAGAACGAAACCGAUACAAUUAUCACUAUUCAAUAUCAAGACGUUUUACCAAAUUCUGAAUCGAGCUCACUAAUCUCUUCAGCUGAGAUUUUGGGAAGCAAUGAUAAUAAUAUAGCUGAAGGCACGGAUGAUGUAGAACCUCUUAUUGAGAGAAGAUUAAGUGACAAUGAAUUAUCUUUUGACGAGUCGCUGAGUGAUUUCUCACUCAGUGAUUUAUCCGAAGCAUCAACAAUAGAUGAAGAUUAUUCUAGCGAAGUAUCUGUGGACUAUAGUGAAGCUCAAGUCAAAAACGAUUCGGGAUCUGAUUAUGCCUCGUCUGAUAAUCUGUCGGAAUAUGAGAAUGACUUCAAAGAGGCGCAAAUUGAUGGUUGUUCGAACUGGUGCCUGAAAGAUCUCAAAUGGAUAUACGCCAGAUCAUUUCCUAUAAUCCACAAGAGAAGAGAAUUGUAUCGAUGUCAAAAUGGCGACUCAACUUGUUGUCAAGCAAAUGUAAAAUUUGGAACUUCCGAUUGCUCUGAGAUUCAUAACGACCUGGACACCUUAGAACCUCCACAAUACGAUUCAGGUGAUUUUGAAAGCAAGUCUCUCUCCAAGAAGAGGAAAUAUGAUGACAUCUCUGAUUCUGAAAUUGCUGAAUCAGCUGAUGUUAACAAACGAGAGAUUGCGAAUCCGUCUAAAAGGGUAAAAAUAAUUCAAUCUCCUCUAGCUAAGACAUUUGCAAAGGAGCUUGCGAAGGGUUUUGUUUAUGCAUUAGCGACUAUCACUGCUCUCGGAAUAUAUGGUAGCAAAAUCGCGUCUGAACAGAAUGGAAAAUAG